AUGGCGACACUUCAGUUUGCCUCCACACAGACACCCCCGGAAUCCUCAUCAAAGCAACCUCCUACUUACAACCCCUACACGAACAGCCCACGCCUCGGCAUGCCAUUUGACCGACGCCUUCUCCUCACUACUGCGCUCGCAUUCACAUCCGGCUUCACUCUUGGCUCAAUGACCGCCGGACGUGCCGCCAGUCUACGUUUCCGCGCGGAAAACGCACAUCGCCUGCCUAUUUCGAACCCAGGCUGGUACCUUUACCACAAGUCGAAGAACUACUACAAAUGGAAAUUUGGAAUUGUGGAGGGCUUGAAGAAAGGUACCUACAUCGCCGCAUGGAGUACUGUGUUCUUCAUUUUCGAGGAGUCGCUAGACGUUUUCCGUGGCACGUGGAGAGCAGGCCGCACUAUUAAGGAGAUGGAAGGGGUAGAUGAGUUGGAUAUGCGGAGGAUUGAAGGAGGGAUAUACCGUUCUCGAGAUGCGGCGAGUAGUGCUAUGGCGGGCAUGGUUACUGGCGGAUUGUGGAGUGUUACACACGGGUUCCCGGUCACUAUGGCAGCAAGGACGAUUAGGAUGGGAUUACUGGUUGGGUUGGGAUAUGGGUUAGGGCAGGAUGGUUUGGCGUGGCUCAAGGAGAAGUAUGGUGGUGGAGAACAAGGGGAAAGUUGGCUCUACAAAGGAGCGAGAAAUCGGGUCAUCGAAGAGGAUGUGAAGGAGAGUUUGAGCAAGGAAGGCUGA